CACACACAUACACACACAUACACACACCCCAUAUAUACAUAUACACACGCUUGUACAAACAUAUACGAACGCACGGAGGAGACCAAAGAGAGUUCCCCCGUCCAACGGCGCCAAUUUAAUGGAUCCGACCAUCGGUUGGUACCAACCGGAGCAGUACGGCCCUGCCAAGGACCUUUGGUUACACAUUUGGGAGGCCGAGAAGGGUCUUGACGUUCUGACCCUGCGUAACGACGCGAACACGAGUAAUGCGAUGGGCGUACGGCUGCAGCAGGACUUUCUCGCGCUGGACACGAGCCCGGCGGCAGCGACGACGACGGCAACAACGACGGCGACGACCGCAGCCAGCACCACGCCGACGUCGUCAUCCAACAGCACCACCGCCAACGCCGGUGUCGGCUUCGGCGCUGGUAACAAUGGCAGCGGUAUUGGCGGCAAUGCCGGCAACAAUAGCAAUGGACCGAACGGUAGUAACGGCAACGGACGAGCUACGUCCGCCGUUCACAGCGGUGCCACUGGCAAUGGCAAUGGCGAGCACCGCGUGCCCCACAAUGCCUGCAACUACUAUUACAACCCGUCCCGCAGGAAAGGCGAAAAUCGGGCGAGCACCUACGGCAUGAACUACAAUUAUGACGCCCUUGUGGGCGAGUACGGUGGCUGUCCGUGGCGUGUGACCAACAAGCAUUACUCCAUGGGGACAAUCGGAUUACACGAGGAAAUAGAAGAUUUUUUUUCAUACAUGUGUCCCUCGCACGAAGAGCAUGUAUUAAGAUUGAGAGUUGUAAAAAGGAUAGAAAAUGUAAUUUAUGAUCUCUGGCCAGACUCUAAAGUCGAAGUAUUUGGUAGCUUUCGCACUGGUUUAUAUUUGCCUACAAGUGAUAUAGAUUUGGUAGUAAUAGGGAUGUGGACAAAUCUUCCAUUACGUACUUUGGAACGUGCUUUACUAGAUCGAAAUAUCGCUGAGCCAUCUUCUAUUAAAGUGUUGGAUAAGGCUAGCGUACCGAUCGUCAAACUGACCGAUAAGGAAAGUGAAAUUAAGGUAGACAUUAGUUUCAACAUGAAUAACGGCGUCAAGUCCGCAGAGUUGAUAAAUUCCUAUAAGAGGCAAUAUCCGGUUCUGGAGAAGCUAGUCAUGGUGUUAAAGCAAUUUCUACUACAAAGAGAUCUUAACGAAGUGUUCACUGGCGGUAUUUCUUCAUACAGUUUAAUACUCAUGACCAUCAGUUUUUUACAAUUACAUCCGAGAAAGGAUAUUCAUUGUCCAAAUACCAAUCUGGGAGUGUUAUUGAUUGAAUUUCUGGAGCUGUAUGGGAGAAAGUUCAACUAUGUUAAGACUGGCAUUCGCAUAAAGGAUGGUGGUCAAUAUAUAUCGAAAGAAGAGAUUCAACGAGAUAUGAUAGAUGGUCAUCGACCAUCUCUAUUAUGCAUAGAAGACCCACUCACACCUGGGAACGAUAUCGGCCGUAGUAGUUACGGUGCUUUGUAUGUAAAGAGUGCAUUUAAUUGGGCCUAUUGUAUUCUCUCUCAAGCGGCCAAUCCCUCAAAUAUCUUAAUCAAUGACGCCAGUAAAGUAAGCAUACUGGGAAGAAUAAUCCGUGUGACCGAUGAAGUAAUAUACUAUCGUAGGUGGAUUAAAGAAACAUUCCUCUUACCCGUAAGCGAAGGAGAUUCUCUAUCAAGCUCAACUGGUUCUGAUGCAUCCACUCUUUCAGCUCCUGCUAGUGAUACGGACUCUGAGUGUAGUCGUGGCAAUUCUCCGAACACUGGUGGGAAGAGCGAAAAUGACAAAAACAAAGAUAGGCACUUUUAUAAUAGUCAUCAAAUCCACAAUUAUUCUGGAAGGAAAGCAUUCAAAGCAACCAUUCAUGCCAAUCACCAACAGAGUUUCAAAGGCAACUAUCAUCGCAUCAACAACAAUAUAGUCGGUCAGAAUAAAGUCAAGCACGCACUCCACAGUAAUGGAAAUAACAAUAACAAUAAUAACAAUACUAGUCACAGUCCAAGCUCUAGGCCACAUUCGAUGAAGAGGAAAAAACAAUGCACAAUGCAACGUGGAACCGGAGAUUGUGUACGGUGAUGAAACGUACACAAUAAUUUCAGAUAUUACUUCCGUCACUUAAGUAGCGAGCUCAAUAUCAUAACUGUGUGAUAGAAAGACAGCAAUUAAUGGUCGGUUAUCGUAAUAACUGAAUCAUCCUACGCGACUUCUCUUCGCUUUCAGUUUCAAUUCAAUGUACAGAAGGGCACAACGUUUACGGUUCUGAGAGAACCAACAGUUUGGAAAUUUAACGAUUCUUGUGCAGAACAAGAAUGCCCAAGCAGUAGCUAUACAUAUAUACAUAUAUAUACAUUUCUUUUUUCCUCCCCAUUUGCCAGAACUGUAUAUUUUGCUCUGUACGUAAAAGGUUAUACAUUAAAGACGUACAGAAUUCCUAAUGGAAAUUUGAGAUAAGAUCUAUUUAUAUUUCAUUUUCGUUGCACAGAUUAUAAACGGUACCCGGUGUAAUAACACUUUAUUAUCGUUGUCUAUAAAAAAAUUGCAAAAUUUAUCAUUACCAUCGUCGAAUAGUAAUUGUGUUCACAACCAUGAUAAGUAACAUAUUGUAAUACAUUUAAAGUGCGAAUAGUAUACAGACGAUAAUAAGUUAUAUACGUUUUUCUCAACACAUAAAACUUUAAAACACGCCGAUAUUGACAACUAAAAACUUAGUUUUCUAUAUGAAACUAUAUUCUUAUAAAAAGAGGGUGACAGCAGAUUUGGUGAUAUUGGCACUUAUCUAAUGUACAUAUUGUAAUAUACAUCUCAUCAAACAUAGAGAAGUAAGUCUAAGAGUUACCUACUAAAUUUUUUUAACUUAUAAAUAUCUAAAAUAGUGUUUAUUAUAGUGAUUUUAUCAUAAAAAU